CGAAAAGCAAACGGUAAUUGGAUGUAUGGCUGAUCAUGCUAAGCCUAUUUUGCUAAAAGUAUCAUCCAUAGGAAGUUAACGGAUUUGUGUGCUCGUACAUACCCUGCAUCAAAUACUCCGAGAAGGAGUAAACAUCAGGUCGGAGAUAUGUUUGACCUUCUAGAUGAGUCAACGCGAUUAAAACAAUGUUUGCUUUGCCAGUUGGAAUGUUCGAAUCGAUUGCUGGUAAGCCAGACAGCAGGGUCGGGAUUCGUGGUCUUCGAUGUCAUUCGCAAACAUUUUUGGUUUACAGACACUUACUACGAUGGUCGGUGCAUUUGCAUUCCCUGCUGGCGAGCAACGGAAUCGUUUCAUAUGUUUUAUAAAGAAAUCGAACUGGCGCAUUCCGUGAAGCUAGAAGCAGUCAAACAAGAAGAUUCGUUACAAACAAACGAUCCUAACCAUUUGACUGACUUAGACCCGCCAGACUGGGAGUGUGGAACCUUGGAAAAAUUGAACGAGGUGUUCGUGAAAGAAAACCAUUCGGAAAGUGACAACCAGCAGGAUACGCUCAGCGAUAGCCCAGGACUAUCCGCAUCCGAAGAAGAAUCGGAAUCGGAAUCUACGCUUUCGCUAGCCAAACGGACAAGAUCAAACAGGACUGCGGUCGCGAAACGCACAACACGAUCUACCGGAAGCGAGGAAAUGAAAACUUGGCUACCGGGCGAAGGCUUGACAUUAUGCCGGUGCAUACAGGGGGUUCUCGAGGCGCAGUGUCAUGUGUGUGUCCGAAAUAAAGAUAGUACGGCAAAACCGAAAGCUGCUGAGCAGCCGUACAUGCGGUUUGCCAAACUGAUGCGACACUUUCGAGAAGCGCACGGCACGCCCGGGUACGCCGUGUGCUGCAACCGAAAGUAUGCCCGAAGAAGAUCGCUUAGGGCGCAUAUGCGAACGCACGGCAAGGUUACAGUGUACCACUGCCAUCGGUGUCGUAUAAAAUUCCGCAAGGAGGAAUCCUUAAACGAACAUAACAACCUCGUACAUCUCGACGACUCGGAGAAGCAGUUUCGGUGUGAGAAGUGUAGCAAAGGAUUCGCGACCGAGAUACUGCUCGCUUCGCACGAGGACUGGCACAAAAACGUGGAGCAAAGGAACAUCGUUUGUAGUGAUUGUAACACAUUCUUCCCUAGCAUUGUAGCAAUGCAUAAACAUAAAUCUUUGCAUCAUCCAACGGUAGAAAACGCUGAUACUGCACAAAGUACGAACACCACAGGGACGGAAAAUCAGAUGGAAGAGCUCUUGAUAACAACAGAAUACCGGAUGCGUCUUACGGCCGAAGAAAUGGCCAAGCAAAACGAACUUAUCGAGCGCUACUGCACGCUGUACUGUGACGUUUGCCAGUUCGUCGCAUCUGGGUUCGCUGAUUUGAAGCAGCACGUAUCCGAAGAGCACGGUUUGCGCUCGGUCAAGGUGGUUUGCUGCGAUCAGCCGUACACAAACCGGGUGCGGUUGUACGAGCACGCCCAGUUACACGAGGAUCCUGAUCGCUUCCGGUGCAAGGUGUGCAGCAAGCGGUACGUCAACAGUCGCAGCCUGCAGAAUCAUCAGUGGCGCAUUCAUACACCGGCCGCCGAGCGACCCUUCUGCUGUGACGUUUGCGGAGAAACGUUUGUCAAGGACUAUCUAUUGAAGAAGCAUCUCUCCUUUCAUCUGGCAAAGCACCAAAAGCUGAAUUUCUGCGAGGAGUGCAACCGAUCGUUUGCGACACCGGCCGCAUUACGCUGCCAUCGGCAAACGUAUCACGGGGAAGUGGCCAACUGGAUAUGUGAGAUCUGUGCGAAAGGUUUCGAUAGUCGUUCGAUGCUAGAUAAGCAUGUUCCGACGCACAGUGCCGAAGGAAAAACGGAACUUAAGCACCAGUGUGAACGGUGCAAACGAUGGUUGCGAAACAAAAAGUCCUACCAACAACAUCGAGUACGGUGCCACAUGAACGCCGGUCCGGUGAAAUGUCCAUUCUGUGGCAAAGAGUCGAAGAACUCGGUCGCGCUGCGGGCCCACAUUCAUCUGCACCACGCGGAUCGCCCGGAGCAUGCCUGCUCGUUCUGCGAGAAGCGCUUCAAAACGGCUCUACGACUGCGUGAACACGAGGCCACUCACACUGGGACCGUGCUCUAUAAGUGCCCCUGGUGCCCGCGGACAUUCGCCUGCGGCUCAAACAUGUACAAGCACAAAAAAGCCGGCCACCCGGAGGAGUGGGCCGCCGGUGUACAGAAGCGCUUUGGCGAGCGAUAAAAACGGAGGAGCGUCCUACUCAAGCUACGAUCGGCUGUAAGUUCAUGCAACUAGCAUUUUACGUCCAAUGAUACAAACUAACCAUUUUUCUGCCGGGCAAUAUCUAUGUAAUGGUAAUAAUAUGAAAUUUUAUCAAGAAUCCAAACUCUGUCGGAAUCUCCCACAAAAUCCAGUUCACGUUUUACGUUACUAGCUUUAUAAAACGGUAUUCUAUGGGAAUUAUCAAAAAGUUAAAGGCAUUUCUCAGAUACGGAUCUAUUUGUUUGUGUACAUCAUGUAAUAAUAUUAAUGUUAAUAAUGUAAAUAUGGACAUAGAAUUUUUUUAAUACUUUUUUCUGACCACUAACUCAGAAACCGUUCGAAACCCUAACUCAUUCAACGGACCUUAACCAGCUAACACGCUCUGCGAACUAUUGAAUCUUUUUUAGCAUUUCAUUUCUGCACUUUCCGGAGAAAACCAUACAAGGUAUGACGUCACCAUUUGCGGUCAUUCCGUUGUAUUAUUCUUGUGUAUUUCUUCGAUGUUAUGAAAUUCACAUAUAGUUUAACAUGACUUCAAAUUGCUUUCUUAAUUGGAACUACAACCGGCGAGCGGUUUGAACUGAAACUCGUCAAACUGUUUCGUAUUACCGUACCCCUUCCUUACUGGCCAACCUUCCACCUUAGUUUAGACCUACCUAUUCGUUAUCCCAUUCUUCAUUCUUCUUCGCCACAUGUAAAACUAAAUAAGCUAAUAAACAGUAAUAUUAAGAGCGGUUACACGCAAACAAUGUUAUUUAAGCACAUUUCACGUAUAAUUUGUUAUUUAAAAUAAAGUAGGUUGUAAUUUGUAAACAAUUUAAUUGAAGCCAACGUUGCAAGACGCAUUCAGGUAUUAUAUCAUUUAAGAAAACAGUGCAAUUUAAAUAAAAAUCUUUCUUUGCAAUU